AUGUCAGCUUUGCACCACUGUAACUUUUGUUUUAGAGAACUACCUACCUUGGGUGGGCUGAAGAGACACAUCAGCAGCCGUCGAGAAUGUCACCGUAAAUGGGAGGAUACCAUCGCCAAAAAGACAGAGACAGUUUCCAUUUUCGACACAGAGGAGCAGGAAGAAGAGACUUACCACAUGCUUCCUGAGGAACCUGUCAUGGCAUCGCUAGUUGACGGUCCCCCUGGGAACUGUAAUUCCACCUUUGACAGCUAUAUUCCUGCUCCUGUAUGGGAGCCAUCUCCAGAUAAAGAGGAAACCGAGGAAUCGAACGCGCGUGCCUCCAAGCGUGUGCGAGUUGAAGAUGUACCUGAUGAAGAUGACAUUUCAGCGGGGCACUUCUACACCAACUACAGCUGUCAUCCGGUUGCAACAGUCCAAGCGCAGGGGAAGACGGUGUUCGAGAGGCAGCAUGAGGAAGCACGGGCAAUGCAGACCAGCGAGUAUGCCCCCUUUUCAGACGAGGAGGAAUGGCAACUGGCGGAGUGGUUAAUGAAGCAUCUGGGGCAGAACAGGAUAGAUGAAUAUCUGGACUUACCAAUUGUGAGUACUCUGCCAGUGGUUUGCACACUUUAG